AUGAGCGUCGUCCUUACAGGAAUGGCUCAACUUCAAGGUGUCAUCGCCGAUAUGGCGACCGGGACUCGAAGCCCCACUAAGGCUGAGGCAAUCAAGUCGAGCGUCUCAGUGCUCCCUGAAUUGCCAGUAGUGGGUCCCGAGGCUUGUUUGGCGUUCUCAGAUUGGUUGCACAGCACGCGCCCUGCCCUGGCAGAUGUCAGUGAUAGCAGUGAGGAGCUGUGGGAUAAGGUUCUUGAAGAAGCCAAUUUGUGGUAUGCCCGACACCUAAGGUUGGAUGCCAUCACGCGCUUGACUGAUAAACCGACGCCUUCGUCGGUUGUGUUGCAGCCGAGGUGGGCCCGAGUGUCGCGGAGGAUUGAAGGUAUGAUCCUUGCUGCUGCCCCUCAGGGUGUUAGAGAUGAGGACACUGUGGACUUGCUACGAAAGUGGAAGCGCUGGUGUUCUAGGAUGCUAGAGCUAGGUGGGGUACUUCCGGAUAGCUCACUGCAGCUAAAAGCCCUAGAGCGUAUCACCAAGGCGACUCUCCAGGCUCACCCAGAGGUGCAAUUCCGUGUGAACCUGACCCGGGCUUCUCUCCAGAUAGAUACCUGUCCGGACAGCAACAAGGUUGAACAGCUGCAUGCGCAGUUGCUAGCUGAGCUGGAAGCCCUGAGCCACCGAAUGCCGAAGGAGGUGCAGACUGCACCUUCGUGCACAACUGGAUGGGAUUCUCUACGGGACCGCAUCGCCAACCAAGGGAACGCCGGACUGCUCGUAAGCGAAAAACAUGUGGCCUGCGCGCGAGAGCUGAUUCACAUUGGGCAAGAACAGGACGGCCUCUACGACCGCGUGGUCGUCCUCGUUGUUCAACGCCUUCCCCAGCGCCCGGUGCACGGCGGCCUCCUGCUCCCACGCCUCCUUGCUCUUGAAGAGGUGCGCCUGCAGACGGUGGCCCAGAGUCUGGUGGGUCGCCCAGACGACCUUGACGUAGCUGCCGUUGUACAGCACAUCCUGCAUGUUGGCCACCAGGCCCGACUCCGCCAACACCACGCACGCCUCCGCCAAGUCGCCGUCGCCUGCCUGAACGCCAAGAGGUUCCUUCAGGCCGAUCGGGCACAGCGCUGCAAGAACUGCGGCGCCAAGGGACACCGAUCCAAUGAAUCCCGAGCCGGCAUGAAGACUGAAGAGAAGGCGAAAUUCAAGUCGCCUCCCCCUAAUCCUAAGAACACUGCUAACCCUAAGGCUUCUGAUGCCAACUUACCGAACCCCAGUGGCACAGUUCCUACGAAGGAUAGUGCCCACCAGCACAUCAAGUCAAUGCUUGCAGACGCUGCCCUUCUCCUACAGCAAGCCGUGCCCACAGCCACUCCUACAGUUCCUACUGUGCCCGCCGUUCCGAUAAGUCCUGCGCCAAAAGCCCCCAGUGGGGUGAAUGCCAAUUCCGCUCCGACCUCGCCCACUGUAGCCCAGGGCACUCCGGUGACGCUAGCUGCUUUGAGCGCCCAGAUAGACUCACUGCGAGCUCUUGCUCAGGAGCACGAGAUCCGAGCCAUUUCGGUUAAGUCGGAGGCGAUCAACAAGGUGAAUGGUAUCGUACAAAUGGAGGAACAUUGGAAGGGUUUAAAGGUUACCCACCCGGUGCUGGGACCGCUGAAAACGGGCAUUUCGCCGAACACAUGUCCUUUCAUACAAGAGGAUCAGGCGUUAAGGUUGAUAGGGGAACUAGAGGCGGAGAGACUCAAGGAGUUUGAUUUGAGUGUGCAGGCAAUGGAGGCUGAGCUUCGACAGCUGUCCAGUCCUCUGGACCCAACCGAGGCAUUGCGCAAAUUCGUAUCUUCCUCUGCGACCGGGCAUUUGAUUAGAGCGGUGUUUGCACAGCCCUACUUGCAACAGCUGCCAGAGUCCUUGAAGGCCCGUUUGUGUGAUGGACUCCCGGGUGUCACUGACCAGCACGCAUGGAGCAUGUUAAAGAGGCUUCCUCUUCCGAGACCCAAGCGUCGAGCACUGCUGGGUUCUAAGCAAUGGGUUGUCUACCUAGGAGCAGGGCCAGUGAAGACUCAGGAUCCGCUGAAGCAGUGGUGUGAUGAGCGGAAUGUUCAGUAUUUGCCAGUUGAUUUACUGCAACCGGGAGGAAAGGGAUGGGACUUGACUGUGCCUAAUGGAGUUUGGUCUGUUUUGCUAUGGGCAGCGGCCAAUGGCCGUGUCGCAGCUGUACUGUCAUCUCCACCUCACCGAACGUGGUUUGAAGGAGAUCCCCAAGACCCAAGGAGAUCCAGUGAAGAUGUGUGGAGUUCUUCGGAGGUUGGAUCAGCGCAGUUUAAGGAGAACUUGUUUCAAGUGCAAGAUAUGCUUCUGUGGUCGUUAUCCUCGGUGGAGCACUCCAACUCCGCUGCGCGAGGGGUUUCUCCAGAUGCCUUUUGGGAAACUUCCUCUUGGAAGGCAUUUGAGCAGUGGUCGAGGUCCGAGGUUGUGAGGUUUCAUCAAGGUUCACUUGGUCAGUCCUGGUCUCAACCCACAGCACUGGGAACCAAUCUUCCGCUCCGCCACCUGAGAGGUCUUCCACCGCAGGGAUCCCCGCAACCUCCCACAAAAGAUCAGCCCUAUGGUUGGUCUGUUGGUUUGAUGAAAGAGAUAGUUGAAGCCUUUGAAGGAAGAGUAAAGGGACCCUCGGUGGAGGAGUUGGAUAGGAUGAUCAGUGAGGGAUACCGGAGGAAGAGCGAUGAGUUAUCUGAUGGAUCCGCCUCCUCUGAUAGUAGCUCCGUGACUGUAUCUGCACCGUCAGAGGCCAAUGGACAGGUGGUUAUCCAGACACCUCAGGCACCGGAGCUUAGCAUAGGAGCACUGACAGCUGCCCAGAAGGAAGAGUGGAAGGCUCAUGUCCAACGGGGACACAUACCAUAUCGCCGGGAUUGUAAAUUUUGUGUGGAGGGUUCUGGUUUAGGCCUCCAGCACAGACGAAUUAAGAAUCCGCAAGCAUACACUCUCUCAGUUGACCUUUUCGGGCCGAUGUCGGGCUUGGAGCGCGGCCGGGAUGAGCAAUCCGUGUCAGGGAACCCACACAUAAAAUUCGGUUUAGUUGGGGCUUUCAGGUUACCUCGUUCGGUAGUCUUACCUCCCACUGAGAUCAGUAGCGUGCCCGCACCGCAGGAAGGAGUUGACCAGAGCGAUGAUCACGCACGUUUGGAGGAAGAAUUAGCCGAGUACGAGCCAUCCCUUGACUGCGAGGAAGAAGACGCUGAGCCAUUUCCCGAAUUGCUUCAAGGGGUUGCUGAACAGACCCCAGUGAUUCCCGAUAAGCCAGAUGGCCUAGGUGUGAGUGCGGUAGAUGGUGAUAGUGCCGGUGAUAAGGGUUUAGGCCCGAUUCCCGCAUUUCAGGAGGAGGACUCAAUCCCUCAGCAGCUCAAUCUGGAUGAAGAAAUAGAGCAGUGCACCGCGGGUGUUGAGUUGGUUACCCUUCGAUAUGUAGUGGGCCUGAAGUCGAAGUCAGGAUCAGACGUCACCGCCGGUGUUCAGAAGCUCAUACUGGAAAUCUCGCGUCUAUAUCCAGUAAAGGUGCUUCAUUGCGACCCGGGCACUGAAUUUGGGUCAGAUAGGCUGUCGACAUGGUUGUCGGGACAAGGGGUCCGACUACAAACCACCGUGCCCACCGACAAGCAAGCCAAUGGCGUGGCCGAAAGGACCGUAGGAUGGAUGAAGUCUCGUGCCCGCACGCUGCUGUCGUCGGCCGAACUCCCUGCAGGAUACUGGCCUUUGGCCAUGCGCUACGCUGCAGAAUGCCAGAAUCGUCAGGUUCUCAAGCUUCCGCAGUUACCCGCUUUUGGCCAGCCCGUAUUCCACAAACUCAAAAGACCUUCGGGUGCACAUAAGGAGUUGAUGACUAGGUGGAUAGACGCCUAUUACGCCGCACCCCACUUAACUAUCCCGGACGGUCACGUACUGGUGACUAAGGAGGGUAACUUGGUUGCUUCAAAGGGUUUUAGGACCAACUUGGUAGAUGUGAGGCUAGAGCCUGACCUUGAGCUGCCAACCCUUCAUACUGAGGAGGAGGUCCCGGAGGCAGGUGAUAAAGCCCACCUAAAACCCGUUCCGGAAGUUAUGCCAGAAGCCUCGAUUCUUCCCUUGCCCAGCAAAAGGUUGAAGGAGAAGACUUCAGUGCGCGGCGUCAGCUUCUGUGAGGAUUGGGACGCCAGUCCAGAACAGUUAGCAAGGGCUGCACUCUUGGAUGAGGACUACUCAGAUUCAUGUUUGAGGAGGGUGCUGACUCAGUUGACCCGCGCGGAGGUUUCAACGGAGGACCGACGGGGAGAUUUUGAUGGGAGAUAUGUGCUAGAAGCGUACUGUCAUGGAGGUCAGCGCGGCGUUACCACGCUAGCGCGCAAAUAUCCCGCGUUGGUACGGCUUCUGAAUAGAGCACUCCAACGCCGUCUUCCCGAGGAAGAGGGUCUUGAGGAUCUGAGAUGGGGUACUCUGCUAUUGAUGCACGCAGCAGAGGUGCCAGUCCACCGUGACUACCGAAAUGAGUGGGAAACUAGCAAUGUUGUCAUCUGUGUUCCAGGCCAGCAUGAACUAUGGUUGGGCCCUCCGCACAAACCUGGCAAGGAGGCGAUAGCUCCAGAGCCAGACUGGGACUCAGGAGAGGUCAAGGUGCUAGGCCCACGAGCAGCCAGGUUCAACCCCCGCAAUUACCACGCCGUGCGACGGAGUCCAGACUGGUUGAUAGUUGGAUUUUCUCCACUGGGUACUCAUAAGCUGAAAGAGGUCGAUCUACAGUUCCUUGAAGGAGUGGGGUUUCCGCUGCCAGGUGUUCCUGGGAGAGCUCCUCAGGUCCGAGCGCUUCAAGCGGCACCCUCCAGCACAGAUUGUACCCUUCAAGGGCAACCGGCAAGCUCGUCGUCCGAUCCUAGUGUGACGCGAGUUGGUGUUGAUUUGAAUGAAGACUUGCAGUCCGACAGCUACACCCCAGUUGUAGGUUGGGACCCUUCGGGUAACGGUUCCCUUAAUAGGCCCCAGUACAACUUAGAGGAAGCUGACUUUUACCAGUACUUGAAGGAGCGGGAAGUUGAAUGGACGUACCAGCGUUUGACAGUUAUGGGCGUAGAGUCACCCGCAGAUCUUGAGUAUUUGUAUAUGGAAGACUUGGUUGAGUUUGGACUACCCAUAGAGGAUGCGCAAAGAGUGAUGAUGGGCAUACACCCAGCAGGGACCAUGAGACCCGACAAUCCAAACGGCAUUUCGCUGACAACUGGAGAAGUGUGCUUAUAUGAUCGCAUGCAGCGCCAGAUUCCAAGGGUUAUCCAGAAUCGCACCCUUAACCAACAUGCCCCUGGACCGCCAGUUCCGGGAUUAGGUAUAGUAGGUCCCCAAGCCCGGCCGGAUCCCUAUGUAGAAGAUUGGGUUGCGUUACAGGAUCCUGAAUAUGCUGAAGGAAUGAAUCUCGAUGUGUUCUUGCCAACAGCAAUGCAAGCCAGCCCUGGAAGUGAGGGAGAGCCACCAGAAGUUUCAGCAGUCUUCCUUGAGGAGUCACUCACCACACCAGGGGCUGAACGUCCAAGCAGCUCAACAGAUCCACCGUACACCGGAAGGGGUGCCUCAAGUUGUGGUGAACAGGCGUGGGACGGAGAUGUGCCCUCCAUGCACGCUAUGCGCAUGCAGGCCAUUUGGGAGGCCAGAGAUGAGGAGGAGUUUCAAGCACUUGUGAAUUUUCCGAUUGAGGUACAAGGUGGUCUUGCCAGUGGGAGUGCAGUUGGAAGCGUUGCAUGUGAGCCAGCAGAAGUUUCAACAGUCUUCCUGGAGGAGUCACCUUCCACACCUGGGUCCAGUAACUAUGGGUGUAGGAUGGUUCAGAUGACUCCUAGUGUCCGAGAUCCGUUCAAUGAUGAAGCAGAUGGUGUUUCGCAUAGUCGGGAUGUGAGCUAUAGGUGUAGCGCCGGUGAGGUCCCCCAGCUUGUGAGUAGGAUAGAUGUUCCGAUGCCAGAGAUAAUGUCCGUGAGGGGCAUGGCAACAAGCUCGCAGGAUACUGCCCAGCUGCCUUCCCCUAUCACCCCUAGGGUUGAGCGAGUAGAGGAGUCGGCAUUCACUCAAGACAUUGAGUCCCUGUUGGAGAACUUAGAUGGACCUUUGGAGGUUGUGCAUCAAGUUUCGCCCAGUGACGUUCGGAAGAAUUUAGACAGGUGGAAACCGUCGGCACAAGAUGAAGUGAGCUCUCUAGAAAAGAUGGGGGCAAUAGUCCGGCACACCGGAGAAGCCGCCAGGCGACUCCUACGGCAACCAGAAGCAGAGGUGAUACCCUCGAAGGGAGGAGUAUCAGAGGAUAUCCUCUAUGCGUCUGGAGCCGCAGCAGAGACGCUGCGCAUGCUACUGAUACAUGGAGGUUCCAAGAGAAGGCAGUGUUGGUCCACCGACAUAAAAUGUGCCUUUCUGCUUGCUCCGAUUCCGGACAACGUACGGAAGACCUAUGUGUUAAAACCCCCCGCAAUUUUGAUAGCUCUCGGCAUCUGCAGCCCAGAUGAGUACUGGGAAGUAAAAAGGGCAGUCUACGGUUUUAAGGAGUCUCCGAAGUGGUGGGCUCAGUUUAGAGAUAGUGAGCUUCAAAGGGCAAACUUUCUGGUUCCUGAGGGACAAGCCACUCUUCGGAAAACUUCUUCGGAUGAAAACCUCUGGGAGAUGGUGUUAAGUGACGGCACCAACGUUGGUUACGUUUUGGUUUACGUUGAUGACAUUUUGAUGGUUUCCUCGCGGUUGGUUGCUGAAGCUUUCCAUGCUUGGAUAAAGGACCGAUGGGAAUGCUCCGACCUUGAACAGGCCACCGCACACAAGGCACUCAGGUUCUUGGGUGUUGAUGUGUAUGAAGCAUAUGAUGCUGAAGGACCUUGUGGGUUCACGCUCUCUCAGGAAGGGUACAUAGAUGAGUCUUUGGUACCAAUACCAAAGGAUUGGGUCAAGAAUGCCCCGGAAGAGGAAGCCGAUUAUCCAACCAGCAGCUUGAGAGACGCUCAACGCAUAACAGGCGAGUUGCUUUGGGUGUCACAGAGGACCAGAGACUUGAGGCUAUCCCUUGUUCCAGAGGGACCAGAGGCACUGUCGAUCUACACAGAUGCUUCCUUCGCACCGUUCAGCGAAAGAUCGAUUUCUGGAAUAGUGGUUUUGAUGAAUAACAAGUGUGUAUUCUGGAAAUCAAAGAGACAGACUCUUGUAAGUUUGAGCACUGCAGAGUGCGAGCUGAUAGCAGCGGUAGAAGGAGUUGUGUUGGGACAGUCAGUGCAAGCUCUUGCAGCAGACCUAUGGAGACAGGAGAUCGAUAAGACGUUGUAUGUGGACAACGUGGCAGCCAUCACCUUGGCUGAAGGUGGAGGUUCUCAGCGCACGAGACACCUGAGAGUGAGAGCAUGUUACUUGAGGGAAAUGCUUGAGGAAGGAAGGCUCAAAGUGCUGCAUUGUCCAGGCGACACCCAACGAGCAGAUGCCUUGACCAAGGCCCUUCCAGCCCCAAGAUUGGGUUUCCUUAAUGACCUGCUAGGAGUAGGCCCUCCACCGCCACAAGAUCCGGUGAUCCGAACUGUAAUGACCGCUUCUCGUUCAUUCCAGCAGGCUAGCCCCACCGACGGUUAUAGUGUUCUGCUACUCUUGGCCCUCACCAUGAUUCAGGUGACUCCAGCCACCUCUCAGGAGGAGGAAGAAGCAGAAACCUUGGGGAUAGAUCUGUAUGUGUUGGGUGUGAUGCUGGCCUGCUCCAUCCUUUUUGUGUGGGAAGUUGGUAAACACUGCAUUCGGGAAUGUCACCGGUUCAGCAGUGAAAGACCUUUGGUUGCGAGUUUGACAGUCGAUGAAAAUGAUGACUCUAGGAGGAGCCGGAGGCAACAGGCUGUGCGACGAGCUCUUGAGAGGGAGAUUGGCGGAGAUGUUGGUUCUGUUAACCUCAGCGCUAGGACCACUGGAGCAGAUAGCCCUGUUAUGCCUGCUCCGCCGCCUACCACUCAGGCUUCCUCUCACGUGCAUCUUCACAUGAGCCCUGCCACCGUGCAGGGACGCAGCCGAGGAUUAGAUGUCCAUGGAAACCGGCAUCCCUUGCACCUGGCCGAUGCGGAGCUCAACGAAGGAGGUCGUCAAGGCACCUCUGCGCGAGAGGUGUAA